UCGGCAGCGCGAUAUGACAGUCUUCCGGCUUUCUCGCGCCUAGCUGGGCCGGGUCUUCAAGCCUGGAACCUCGUGCUAACUCACUCUGAUAACCGUCUCGACCAAUGCCUCUCCUCUCCGCCGCUCUCCUCUCGCUGGCACUCCCAGCGCCGCGGCCGGCGCUCCCCGUGCUGCGAUCGCGCGUCUCCGUGCUGCGUGGAGGGCAGACGGCGAUGGGACUCGCGGGCGCACUCGGGGCCGCCUACGAGGCGCAGCUCAGCGCCCGCCCGCUGCUGACGCAGUCGCUCACCGCUGCGGCAACCUUUGCGCUCUCCGAUGUGACGGCGCAGCGCCUCGCUCCGGACGGCGCGGGUUCCGACCGCACGCGUACCGCCGUGACCGCUCUCAUCGGCCUCUGCUACUUUGGCCCCGCGCUCUACCACUAUCUUCGGUUCAUCACAUGGCUCAUCCCCGGCACGGGCCUGCAGUCGACGUUGCUCAAGACAUUUUGCGGGCAGCUCGGGUUUGGGCCCGCCGUGACGUGCGUGUUUUUCGGCGCCUUCCUGGUAAAAGACCACGGGCUGGCGGGUGGGCUCUCGCGGCUGCCGCGCAAAAUCAGGCAGGACCUCGUCGUGACGUGGGCCUCGGAGCUGUGCUACUGGCCCUUUGUCGACCUGAUAUGCUACAGCUCGGUCCCCGUCCGGUGGAUACCGCUCGGCUACAACAUCGCAAACUUCCUGUGGACGAUCUUCUUGUCGCUGCAGGCGUCAAAGGCGGUGAGAAAGGUCAGGGACGACACGUGACGCUCCGCUCUUUGUCUUCCCGCUAUUCCGCGCGUACAGCACCCCGGCCGCCCCAGAACGCAGAACGCUAGGAGAGGAGAAAGUCCGAGAAGUCGUGGCUCGUGCGCGGCGCCAGCGCGCGGCGCGUGCCCGCGUGCCCAUUGCGUGUACCUCAUUCGGUUUCGGACAUUCCUCGAUGUGUGUGCACUCACCACUCUUCCGACUUGACACGUGCUGUGCGUGCGUGGUGCGAGAGCGAUUUGUGCGAAAACGAGGAUACUA